UAAUAAUCCGGCUCAUUGCAUCAAAACAGCAAAAUGGUGACGUGUUGGAAAACACGUUUGCUCUUCUCGCGAAUUCUGUGUCUAUUUCUUUUUCUAUCAGCAAUCAAUGUAUCUAUCUGUAAAGAAUGGAGUAAGGAAAACUUCCCAAAUCCCAUAAAAGACACUGAAAUGUGUGGGCGGCGUGGUGUGUCGUCGUGGAUUUGCGAUCCAGACGAAGUACUGAGUUACGCAGAUGCGAAUACUCUUGAAGAAAUGCUACGCAAUAUCGAACAGAAAACCACAUCGGGGUGCGAACACAGUCGUAAACCUGGAUAUCAGAUAGCUGUUGCCUUGAUGAAAAAGAUAAAACAUCACUAUGGAAUCAGCGGCGAGGAGUUAGCCCGAGAUUUCGCUGUUCAUUUGCAUGACUCAUGGGGUGUAGGACAUAGAGGUUGUGGUGACGGUGCUGUGUUCUUGCUCUCUGUGACCGAUCGCACAAUGUAUAUCUCUACUGGGAGAGUGGCCAAGGAAGUUUUGACUUCCGAUCAGAUAGGUAUCAUUUUUGACGAAAUGAAGCCCUUUCUUCGCAGUGAAAAAUAUGGUCGAGCGGUUCACUUGGGUGUCGAAAGAAUGGGGGAGGUUUUCAGUGGAAAAAUGCUGACGUCUGGGUCUCUUCUCGGAGUAAUCCUCAUCAUUGGGUUCUUCAUUUUCAUGGCUGCUAUUGUCGGCUAUAGUUUCUACAAGCAGAGACGGUAUGAAACGUGUCAAAGAAAACUUCAAAUAAUUGAAAAUGAGCGGAAUGCAGCCAAGGGUAAGAAAAGAUAUGAGUCCAAGUCAUGUCCUAUUUGCCUGGAAGAAUUCACACCUGAAACUCCUACCAGGCUUCUUGUAUGUGGACAUAAGUACUGUGAACCAUGCCUGAGUCGAUGGUUAGAGAAUAACACAACAUGUCCGAUAUGCCGCAAGCCUACAUCUAGAAAUGACGACGAACUUGGGUCACAGACUCUGGACUUUAUGCCUGAACUUGCUUUCCGCUUGAGAACUCUCCAAAUGCUCUACCCUUCGAUUAUUUCACAGGACAUGAUCCACCAUUGGACUGUUGGCCACUAUGGAGGCAGCUUCAUCUCUGACCCCAUGUUCUGUGAGGCACGGCCAAUGUUCUCGGGUGGGGAACCUGGUGCUUUUGGUAGUGGAAGUGGGUUUGGGGGAGGAGGUUCUAGUGGCGGGGGUGGGGGUGGUGGGAGUUGGUAAUUAACUCAAUAAAUGAUCGAGUCAGGUAUUGGCUGUUUUCAUAAGAGUUGAGAAUGUGUGAUUACUAACUUCUCCCUUCAUGGGGUGAGGUUAAGGGGUAUAGAAACACACAGUUACUUUAAAAAAUAGGUUAGAAUAAUUGAUAGAUAAGCAUUCAUUGUCAUGAAAUGUGACAGAAAAAGAAGAUUAAAUAACGAAACAUCCCAUCGCAGUUAGUUAGAUGUACAUAAUCAUUAAAGUUUUUUUUGUAUUGUGGUAGGGAACUCAGUUCAUAAUUAUUGCUACAGUAUGUUAUGUCCUAUAAGACAAUUAAAAUUACAAUUGAAUAUAAAGUA